CUACUUGGAAGCCAACCAGCUGUUUCUCAGCGUGUAUAUUACGUCGCUUCGCCCGUAAUUGUUUUUAAUUCUGUUUUGCAAUUCCACUUAUUCUUGGAGAUGUCGGUGCCAUUUAGUGGCACUCUUCGCCGUUCGGGCGGCAUUGUCUCGGCCAUUGGCAAGCAGCUGAAAAGCAUCAACCUGAAAGGCGUGAAGCGCAUCACAGUCCAAUUCGAUCCGUUUGCGGAAAAUGUCAAGUCUACCCGCGAAUUCUUCUUCCUGCUCUCCACACCCAAGGUGGUCCAGACAAAUCCCAAGUGCGUGGUCAAGUCGGAUAUUGUGUGCGACCGUCAGGCGGCUUCGAUAAAGUUUGCCCUCAUUGAUUCGGCACAAGAACAAGCUCAGGUAAAGGAAAUCCGCUUCAACAGCGGCAACCUGAACACCCUAGAGCUACUGGAGCUUUGCAACAAGCACGUCUCCAGCUUGGCCCCACCCGAGGAGGUGACCAAUAAGGUACUAACCAAGGCAGAGAAACAGAAGCUGGGCGGCGGCAGCAAGAAGGCGGUAAAGAAGAAGUAG